UUUAAUAGGAAGACGACUUUUAGAUGAAAUUGUGAGAUUAAAAGUUACAACUUUUGUAACAUCAAAUACUAUUGAUUUCUUUAAUGUCGUCUUCCUAUUCCAAAGUUUCUGGACUUAAUGUUGAUUUAUCUAAACUGUAGUUUUAUUCACACCUGAGCAGGAAAUCUUUAAAUAAAACGGAUUAAAGUUCCAGACUUAAUCCCCUUACUUCAGAAUUAAAUUAUUUAAACUGUUAGUUUUGAAGAUUACCUUUCAUUGGUCGGAUAGAUGAACUAAUUAAAGAUAGGAGGCGUUUUUAAACUAAUCCGUUAAUUAAUUAAAAGUUUCUUGCUUUGUUUAAAUCAUGAAUUAUAAUUAAGGACUAUGUAUUUUGACUAGCUAUGUAUAUUUUAUCACAUUUUGACGACUGUUAUCAGUUUUGAUUUUUAUUUUAAUAUGUUUUGAUAUGUCGUAUUUUUUAAAUUUGUUUUUACAAUUUUACGUUGUUGUUAAUUGAAUUAACAUGUUGACAAUUGAUUUAUAUUUAUUGCCAAUGGAAACCAAUCGAUUUAACGCUAGUAAAACAUCGAUUUCCACAUCACAUGUAUUAAUAACGGAUUAGAUUUCCACUUGUAAAACGUUUGAUUGAUUUCUGCGUGUGAAUGAUUGAUUGAUUUCAGCGACUAUGUCUGAAUGGAUUGCCGUGUGUGGGGAGGAGGGAGAUAACCCUAUUGAAGUGGAAACUGAAGACGAUGGAACCCUCCUGCUAGAGACCCUGACCGCCCAUUUUCCCGGCACAACCACACUGAAGUACAGGAGCAAGGAUACAAACUCAUUCAGAUCUGUCAAAUGCGCUAGUGGUAUAUUAAAAGCUCCAAGUGGUAGCUGGGACCAGGCCCCUCUCUACAUUUGCGUGAAUCCAACCAAACCGGAAGUAGAAUCCAGGAAACGGGCAGCACCGGAACCAGCAGCUGCGGAAGUAGCUCCGCACAAGCGGAUACAGAACCUGUACCCGGAAUACGAUCCAACCAAAUGUUCUGAUCUAAUCAUUCUUGGACUCAAACCUACAACUUCAGCUGCAGAAAUCCAGGAUUUUUUCGAGAAAUUCGGCGAUGUUGAAAUGGUUCAGACGAAGAACUCUAAGGACAAGAACGUGGCCUUCGCGUUUAUCAGGUUCAAGGAUAAGAUGGUGGAGAGGAAGGUUCUCAGGGAAAAACAUACCAUUGACGACAGAGAGUGCACGAUUCGUAUCCCUGACAGUCAGCAAGGGGAUAAAUCUCUCAGGAAGAUUUAUGUCAGCUAUCAUAAUCAGUCUCUAAAGGAGAAAGAAAUUCUGGAACAUUUUGAGAAGUUUGGUGAUGUUGUAGAGGUUUUUAUUCCCAAUCCUUGGAGACAUUUCUGCUUCGUCACCUUUCAUGAUGGAAGGUAG